ACGAGCGUCCACACGUACGACAGGCUUUCUCUUCCUGAGUAGCUUGAAGUCGUCACAGUUUACCCGCGUUUGUUGAACAGCCCACCGUGUUUGGCGCCAUUGACUUUAGAGGCAGCUGUUCUAUCGUCUAAUCGGUAACGUAACGACAAUAGCGCAAAGAAAAUUGUUCUGCCAGUGCUGCUUGUGUGGCACUAUGCAGUUUUCUGACAGAAAAAGGAAGUUGAUUACCAGCCCUCAUACAGAGCUCUAUGCACAUGCUCUGCAGUUCUAUGGGCGGCCUCCUCUUGAAAACAUCUCCCUCUCUGAAUUUGAGACAUUUGCUGUGGACAGACUGAAAUUAUUGAAGGCCAUUGAGAAUCUGGGAGUGAGCUACGUGAAAUUGUCAGAUGACUACACAAAGAAACUGGGGAUUGAGUCUAAAAACCUGAACUUUCCUUACAGACUAGAGGCUGAUGAUAAAAAAUCUCAGAUUGGAUCAAGUGAAUAUGAGAAACGAAGAAAGGAUCACAUCUCCCACUUCAUUCUCAGACUGGCCUACUGCCAAACGGAAGAUCUCAGGCGGUGGUUUAUACAACAGGAAGUUGAUCUUUUCCGCUACCGAUUCAAUGACCUGCUGCCACAACAAAAGCUUGAAUUCCUGCACAGAAAUAAUCUGCAAUAUGACACGAUUAGUGUUGAGGAGAAGAAGGCUCUGCAGGAAAAACUUGUCAACUCCAGUUACGCCGUCAGUGGAAUCACUGUGGAGGAUCAGGACUUCUACAAAGUUCCAUUUCAAGAUGCCCUGGAUCUAGUGCGAACAAGGAAAGUGUACCUCAAAGCAGGCUACGUGUACAUCCCUCACCAGGACAUUGUCACCAUUGUUCUCAAUGAUUUUCGUACAAAGCUAUCUAAAGCUCUCGCAUUGACAGCCCGCUCGCUACCAGCAGUGCAUUCUGAUGAGCGGCUCCAACCACUCCUUAACCACCUCAGCCAUGCCUAUGUGGGACAGGAUUACAGCAUCCAGAAGAAUGUCGGCAAAAUUUCCUUGGAACAAAUUGAUUCGCUUUCCGGAAAGUCCUUCCCACUGUGCAUGAGACAGCUCCACCAGGCUCUUAGAGAGAACCACCAUCUCCGUCAUGGAGGCCGUAUGCAGUAUGGCCUCUUCCUCAAAGGUAUCGGCCUCUCUCUCGAGCAGGCGCUGCAAUUCUGGAGAUUAGAGUUCAUCAGAGGCAAAGUGGAUGCAGACAAGUUUGACAAAGCAUAUGCCUACAGCAUCCGCCAUAUGUUUGGCAGAGAAGGCAAGCGAACAGACUACACCCCCUACAGUUGCAUGAAGGUGAUUUUGUCAAACCUACCCAGCCAGGGCGACCAUCAUGGAUGUCCAUUUCGUCACAGUGACCCAGAGCUGCUGAAGCAGAAGCUUCAGUUCUACAAAGUGUCUCCCAGUGGAAUCAAUCAGAUCCUGGAGCUGGUUAAAGGAAUGCACUAUCAGCUGGCAUGCCAGAAGUACUUUGAGCUGACACACAAUAUUGAGGAGGCCAGUUUUUCGCUCAACCACCCGAACCAGUAUUUCAUAGAGAGCCAGAAAGUUUUGGGAGGAGGCAAAGACAUUAAGCGGGAGAUGGAGACUCCACAGAGGUCACAGGAAUCCUCUGCUUCAAGAGGUUCCACUGCAGCACCAGACGCAGCAGCAAACUCCUCCCAGGAUUUGGCUGAGAUGACAGAGGAACUGGACUGUUUCUUUCAAGAUGCCUGAUUUUUUUCUUUUUUUUUUUCCUUUUAUAGAUGUAUAAGUACAUGUUUGUCUUUUCUAUGUGGGCUGACGGUUUAGGGUUGGUCCAUAUUCUGAACUGAGUUGGAUCUGUAUCUGACAUGUAAAGUAUUAAAGUUGAAUAUGAGUUAUCUUUCAUUUUUUUAAGUCCACUUUAAAUACUGCAUGGGUUCACGUUAACCUUUAAGCGACAUUUUCAUAAUCUCAGCAUCACACCAAAGUUGAGUUUUCUACCUGGUAAAAUUCCUUGUUCAUGUCGGUGAAGCUGCUCAUUCAUUUUUCUGUUUAACCCGUGCGUUAAAAGUAGUCUCUCUGCGUUUUCUGUCUUUGUUUUCACUCUGGUCUGAACUCAGAUUGCUUAUAUCCAGUCUCAGUGCACAGUGUUUUGGCAGGGACAUGGUUUUCUGGGUGAUGACUAGAACAUAUCCCAGCUGUCUCAGAAACAAUGUCAUUGUAUUUGCUGGCAGGAGUAUGGAUGAAUGGUGGCAGGAGGAUGGAUGAAAAUAAACAAUUUCCA